CCCAGUUGAUUAAUUGCGCAAGGACCAGAUCUUGCUGAUAAAUCAUGACAACAUUGAGACAUUCAAUUAGAAAACUUAUCAGGGCAUAUCCAUCACUGAACUUGAGGUUGAAUGUGAAUAACAAGCAAAAUGAAGUUGAUAUUGUGUUACCAGGGUUACGAUAUGAUGAUAUUGAUCAUUUUGGUCAACCAGACAUUUGGAGGGUGUUUGACAUGAUGAAUACUGUAGAGACGGCAGCAUUUUAUAAUCAAGAGUCAUUCCUUGACUAUAAUACUUUACUGAAACAAAACUACUCAACCAUUACCAAAGCUUGCUCAGUUGAUAUUAAGAAGGACUUUUAUGAAGUUGUUACUCCAAAAGCUCCGGUGGAAGUUAGUUGUAAAUUGAAACGGGUCGGAAAUACCUCAUUCACUACAGUUGUAGAACUUUGUUGUGGUGGUAAAAUGAAACCAUCAGUUUCCUGUAAAAAUAUCCAUACAAUUAUCAAUGUGCAUGAAAAUAGCGUAGAACAAAUACCAGAAUGGUGGAGAAAGCGUUAUGAGAUAAAGGAAAAUGCUGAUGAAGAUAAAAAUCAUCAGGCUACGUUUGUUAAUCCUCAGGAAAAACCAAUGGACACAUUCUAUAAUGAAUUUUCCGUCCCGUUAAGUGAUACUGACAUCAGGCAUAAAACUCGCUGUGCUUCUUACUUUCAGUAUUUUAUUGAGAAUGCCAGCAUUGCCUCAAACAAACAGUUUUACAGAAAUAUUCAAAGAAACUUUCAUGAGUUUCAUAUCAAGAAAUUUAAUUUGUUAUACCUCCAUCCAAGUAAUUGGGGUGACGGGUUAUAUUCAGAGAGCUGGGAAGAUGAUAAAAAUCCUCUAAUACUACAUUGUCAGAUCAGUUCACAGAAGGAUAGAAUUCCAAUAUGGUAUGGACAGAUAUCACUGUUCUCUGAGGUAUUUGGUGUGCACGAUCAGUAACAUUUGAUGAUCAAAUUAACAUUGUAUUUGAUUUUAUGAUAUUAAAUUUGAAAUACCAAG